GAGUUCCGUUGACAAUAUCCGCCAUUUUGUUGUAUAUCAUCGCGACAGAAAAUGCCAACAUAAAAAAUGACGGAAUUAAGUUAUCAAGCGAUUCGCACUGCUAAUCAAGCGAGAGAAGCUGAUGAAAUAAAAACAGAAACCAGAAAGAAGAACAUCCUGAUUUUGGUGUUAAACUACCUCAAUGAAGAAGGGUACCUGGACUCGGCUGCAGCCCUCGGUAGGGAGACUAAUAUCGAUGUCACAAAGUUCGAGGUGUGCGACAACAUCGACCUGGACACCAUCGUCAUGGAAUAUGAGUCCUACUACUAUGUCAAGUUCGCCAAAUAUCCUAAAAUAUGCAAGAAACUUACACAGAGCGGGCUAACUGACAACCCCUUCAAGCUUUCUCUAACUACAAAAGGCAUACCAAAAAGUGAUAGAAGAAAUAAGAUGAGUCGAGCAAACAGCAUGCGUCUUUCUGGGUCAAGCAGUGCUCAUUACUUGAGCCAAAAGAACCAGACUCCUUCAUUACCCAGAAUUCCACAGAAUGGACGGGCCCCUAGCCCACCGCAGAGCUCGAAUAGACCCAAGUCCGGGAACCAGAUGAACGGUCGACAGAGAACGGUACAAUCGUCAACCCGUCGGCCCAAUGAAACACUAACCCAUUCCAAAUCAACACCAAGCAUUAUGAAUGGGGUGCCCAAUGGGGACACCUCAGGACUGGCCCUUCAGGGCCUAACAGUGCAAGGAAACAGCACCCAUGAUAACAAACCUGUGGAGCCCCCGCCAGAAAGGCUUCCACGGGGAAAGCCCGGACAGAUUAUCGACAUCCGUGCCAUGUUGAAUGAUGCCACCAAGCUGAAUGUAGAGGAGGGUUCAAACGAGUUCACAAACGUUGGACAAGUACAUACAGACAAGCUGUUGAAGCCUCUAGGUGGAUAUGUUGGAUACAAUGCUGAAUGGAGAGAACUCGCUCAAAAUAUAAGCAGGGAUAUUUACUCACAAAACCCCAAUGUUAAAUGGGACAGUAUUAUUGGUCUAGAUGAAGCAAAGAGGUUAGCCAAAGAGGCAGUUGUAUAUCCAAUAAAGUAUCCGCAGCUGUUUAAAGGGAUAUUAAGUCCAUGGAAGGGGUUGUUAUUGUAUGGACCACCAGGAACUGGCAAGACCUUGUUGGCAAAGGCGAUAGCGACAGAAUGUGGUACAACGUUCUUCAAUAUCUCUGCAUCAAGCAUUGUCAGUAAAUGGAGAGGCGAUUCUGAAAAACUAGUCAGGGUAUUAUUUGAGAUGGCAAGGUUUUACGCUCCUUCCACGAUAUUUCUGGACGAGUUGGAAGCCAUCAUGAGCCAGAGGGGCUCUACAGGUGGAGGUGAACAUGAAGGGAGUCGCAGAAUGAAGACAGAAUUGUUAGUACAGAUGGACGGGUUGGCAAAAACAGAUGACCUGGUCUUCCUACUAGCUGCCUCAAACUUGCCAUGGGAAUUGGACCAUGCGAUGUUACGACGUCUGGAGAAGAGAAUUCUAGUGGACCUGCCCACGUUUGAUGCACGCAAGGCCAUGUUCAAGCACCACCUACCCCGUGUUGUCAACCCCAGCGAGGGCGGUCUGGAGCUGCUAUCAGAUCUCGACUAUGACCUUCUUGCACUGAAAACCGAGGGCUAUUCAGGGUCAGAUAUCCAGUUGGUGUGUAAAGAGGCAGCCAUGAGACCAGUCAGAAAAAUAUUUGAUGCCCUCGAAAACCACUCAGAAGGCCGAGAACUUCACAUAAGAUUGGACACUAUUAUUACAACAGAUGUCUUAAAGGCACUUGAGCGAACAAAGCCUUCUGGGAAGCAAAUGAAGGACAAAUAUAUAGCCUGGCAGCGGGAAUACGAGUCUGUCUGAUGUGUCUAGAUAACAAAAACUUGUGAGAUUUCAACAUUCCGUCCACUGAAUAUUUUUGUCUGUGAUAGAGGAUUGAGGUCUAUAAGACAUGUGCUGAUGUUCUUUUUUUUGUUAACUCUUUCAGUACUGGAACCGAAUUUUGAAGGCCUUUGCAAACAUUUUGGAUCCAGAUGAGACGCCACAGAACGUGGCGUCUCAUCAGGAUCCAAACUGCUAACUAUUCUUAUAGUAUUCUUUGAAAAAAAUCGAAGAAAAUGCUAAUUUUAGAAAUUCAGCAGAUGACAUUUUAGCAGAUGACAAAUUUCCCAGCAUACAAAGGGUUAAAGCCUGAUUUUAAGAGGGCAUUAAUGCUACAUGUACAUAUAGGAUAGCUCUCCAGUCAUAACCAUUUCAGUUACAAAACUGUUCAUUUAAACAAACUUGUACAAAUUAUUGGUUUUGAUGCAAGCAUAUAAAAUUAAGUUUAUGACUUGAAAUUAAUGAAAGCAAUUAAAAACUCAUCUUGUAUUUUAUAAGUACAACAUUUUAUUGAGUAUUUGUUUUUAGUACUUUGCAUAUACAUGUUUAUCUUUGUUGUUCCCAAAGGUUACUGCUUAUUGUCAUGUGUUUUAAAAUUUCUGUGCAUUACAUUAUAUUAUACUGAAAUUAAAUUACAUUUUAAUAGGAUAUUAAAUUUUGGUCAGUACCAGCACAAUGUGCUACCAGUUUAUUCUGUGAAAACACAAUUGUCAGUUUUAAUAUAAGAUAUGUUGUUUACAAUUGCUUGACAGAUUGUCAAUAAAGCUAGUAAGAUGUAGAUUACUAAGCUAUUUGAGAAAUAAGUUUGUUUUGUUGUUUGAUACAUGUCUGUAAAUGGACCAGUUCAACAGAUGUUUUUAUGAAUUUGAAAAAAAGCUUUGUAUUUUGUGGUUGUUUUAACUGUGAUAAAGUAUUUUUGUUUACAUAGUUAUAUUUUUAAACAAUGUUGCAAUGUUUUUUUACGCAGUUGCAAUGAAAAAUAUAACAUAUAUAGUAAUACCGGUAUAUUUAUAUUGAUUGUAGUACUCCAAAUCAAAAAUAUUAUUAAAGGGGGGUCUAUGUAACACUUGCAAAUAUUUUUUUUUAAUGCAAGUUACCCUUUGUCUUUUAUAUACAGGACAGAGCAUGAAACUCAAACACUACUAAAGCUUGUGCCACCACCUUGGAAUGGUAAUGGAAAGCAUUGGGGUUUUAAAUGCUAACUGAACCUCAACCGUAGCCCAGAAAGAGUCACAAAAUGAGCAUGUGUCUCUGGCAGAGGCUUUAAUUAGUAGUGCCACAUUACAUUGCUUAUUGUAUGUGCUAAAUGUUUAUUAAUAAUAUUUAAAAUGUAUAUGUUUGAACCGGCUAACUAAAUAAAAGUUUGAGUUGGUUAACCCUUUAAGUGCUGGAACCGAAUUGUGAAGGCCUUUGCAAACAGUUUGGAUACAGAUGAGACGCCACAGAACGUGGUGUCUCAUCAGGAUCCAAACUGUUUGCUAUUCUGAUAGUAUUCUUUGAAAAAAAUCGAAGAAAAAGCUAAUUUUAGAAAUUCAGCAGACGACAUUUUAGCAGACGACAAAUUUCCCAGCAUGCAAAGGGUUAACGGACGGCUGUGAUAUGACUGAAAUACUGUUGAAAUAGAUGCAAAACCAAACAAAAACAAUAAAUAUUUAUAACAAAUAUUUUUUAAUAGAUCAGUAUUAGUCUUUAACAUUUUCAAUUACUGGUACAUAUGCAGACAUGUUUAAAUACUUCAAAUCUAUUUUUGUCUGCACAUGUAGUACCUUAUAAUAGCAAAAACUGUUUACCGGUAAACGCUUUUGUGAAGUGUUUGAUAUUUAAAGAGAAACAUAAUAGUGCCUGUGUGUUUAUGUUUUCAGUGAAACUACAAAUAAUUACACUUGUAUUUUGUUUUUAGCUGACCUGAGCACAAAGUGCUAAAGUUGAGCUAUUUUGAUCAACCUAUGUCAUUCAUCAUGUGUCACAACUUUUAGCUUCAUAACCACUCUAGAGGCCAUAUUUUUCAUGCAAUCAUUGUACGAUAUCUAGGCCAAAUAUGACUCUUGGUCACUUCCAUUUUAAAAGGUCAACAAUCUUCUUUAUUACUCUUGAGCCCACAUUUAUGACUCAAUCUUAAUAAAAUUAUUUCAGAAUGCUAAAUUUUAAGAUAUCGGUCCAGUUUGUAUCUGGGUCACGUGUCAAAAAAUUACGUCACUGGGUAAAAUCUUAGAAAAACCUAUAUACCACUCAAAAAAUAGGCUUUGUUGGCAUUAGGGAAAUGUGUGUCCAAAAACUUGAUCACCAUGAUAAAUCUAAUUAUGACUCAACCUGUUUGAAAAUUUGUCAGAAUAUGUACCGUGUAUCUGGAAAAUAUAUAUGCCUAGUUUAAAUCUGGGUCUUUUGGUGUCAAAACCUAUAGGUCACCAGGCCAAGUCUUAAAGAGUUGGUGUAGUUUGAACUCAUGUGGGCCAUCAGGGUUCUCCUAUCUUUCUGUGUGCAUUAUUUGCCUUCAAAGUUUAUGCAAUCUGCUGUAAAAAGGGGCAUGACUUCUAUUGAUUUAAAUGUUAUUAAUAAUUUGAGUGGAUUUUUUUCAGUCUGUACAAAAAAUAUGCACCCUAGUGAUUACUGCUUACACAAAUAACAUUUAAUUUAUUUAUGCUAAAUUAUUAUAUUUUAUGUAUAUUGAUGUUGUUCAUGUUGCACUUUAAGUCAUGUUGGGCAAUGAUUUUGUAAAAUUUGCACUGCCGUUAAUUGCUUUGCAGGAAAUUUAUGCAUUCAUAAAUCUCCAAUUUAUCAGGCCUCUAGAGUAACUAUCUUUCUGUAUGAUGCAAGUUUUUUUAAAUAGUGAAUUUCUGUUUUCAAAAUGCAGACAGAAUUGUUUAAUUUGAUUGGUAUUUAAAUUUAAAAUAAAAAUCAACCAUUAGCUAGUGUUGUUCUUUUUCCAUUUUGAUAGCGUUUUCAACAAGCAAUUCAGCUAGUUUUUUUAUGAAAUAUGUUAAUAGGUUUGGUUACCCAUUUAGUGUUACAUAUUGAUGUAUAUCAAAUAGUUGUUAAUGACUGAAAUGAGCGUA